CUUCAAUUCACCCCCUUGGAUUCUGUGAACUACCCACCAACAUAUUACCCGAUAUUUAUGUAUGCCCAACGAUACUGAUCUUCACAACCCUACCAUUAAUCGAUAAGAACAAUAAUAAUUGAACCCCACCAUGCCCGUCGGAGUGGCAAUCAUAGGAAGCGGGAACUUUGCCCGUGAAGAGCACCUGCCCAGCAUCCAAGCAACGGAUGCGUUCGCCCUGAAAGCCAUUUACUCGAGGUCUCUGCAGUCGGCCGAGUCCCUCGCAAAUGGGAUACCUGACCUCGACCUCUACGCAGCGGAUGCAGGGCCGGGGAAAACCUACGAUGAUCUGCUCAGCCGGUCGGAUAUUACAGCGGUGAUUAUAGCGCUCCCAAUCCUAGUCCAACCAGACUUCAUCCGCAAAGCCCUGAGAGCAGGUAAACAUGUUCUGUCGGAGAAGCCCAUCGCUAAGGACUUAGCCACGGCGCAGGACCUGAUUAACCUGCACAACUCGCGCAUCAUCAGCAGCAAGACUAUUUGGGCGGUGGCCGAGAACUGGCGGUACAUGAGCAAGUUUGUGCGGGCGGCGGAGGAGGUGCGCAGAUUGGGUGGGGUUAGGAACUUCCGCGUCAUGUUGAGGAGUAUGAUUAAGCCGGGGUCGAAGUAUCAUAAGACGGAAUGGCGCCGGAAUCCUGGGUACCAGGGAGGCUUUGUGCUGGAUGGUGGGGUUCAUGGUGUUGCUGCGCUGCGGUUGAUCUUGGGACAGGGUGAUGGGCUGGCUACCGUGGCGGCGCAUGCUUCUUUGAGGCAGGAACAUCUUGCUCCUGUUGAUACUGUUGAUGCGCUGCUUAAGACUAGGUCGGGCGCCACGGGUGUGGUGUCGGUGUCUUAUGGGUCGGAGAUCAAUGAUUCGGUCUUCGAGUUUACGUGCGCGGAUGGCAUCGUGAAGUUGGAUUUUGAUCGGUUGACAGUUAAUGGGGAGGGCUAUGAUGUGCCUUUCGAGGGUCGCGGAGUCAAUAAGGAGCUUGCCGAAUUCGUGGAGUCUAUUAACUCAGGAGCUGGGAUCGCGACCCGCCUGCGACCGGAGGAAGCAUUGGCGGAUCUGGAGGUGAUGGAAGGCAUCUUUGGUAGUAGCGAGAACAAUGGGGAGAGGAGAAAUCUGCACCUGCAGAUCUAAUAGACCAUUAUAAUUAAAUGAGACAAAUUACCCUGCACAAAACAUAAGAUAGCAACUGCGCGAUCA